AUGGAGAUUCUCUUCAUUCCGAGCACCCCAUCUAAUGAACUCCCACUAAAUGAAGUUGUUGCUGAAACCUUGAGUGCCGCUGUGAACGACCCUAGCAAUUCCUUCUCUGUGGAUUUUAAUCCCCUUACAGUUGUACCUAUAGGUGAGUGUAGAGAACAAAAAUUCACAUGACAGUAUUCUUUGUAAGUCUUUAAUUCAGCACUCUUUCAACUUUAAUCAACUGAAUGGAAGAAAUGUUUUUGGUUUGUGUACAGAUCAUAACUAACUUAUUUCUUCGAAAUUAUAUUCAAAGAGGGUCCAAAACCAAGUGUAACUACAACUACAGCAUCUGCCACCAAUGCGCCUGCAGCUACAACUACAGCAUUUGCCACCAAUACACCUGCAGCUACAACUACAGCAUCUGCCACCAAUACACCUGCAGCUACAACUACAGUAUCUGCCACCAAUAUACCUGCAGCUACAACUGCAGCAUCUGCCACCAAUGGGCCUGCAGGUACAACUGCAGCAUCUGCCACCAAUGCACCUGCAGCUACAACUGCAGCAUCUGCCACCAAUGCGCCUGCAGCUACAACUACAGCAUCUGCAAGUGGAGUAAGUCCCAAGAUCAGUGUCAUCACUGCAUUCUCCAUGGUGCUGUUGUCAUGGCUUCUGUCAAACCAGCAGUAG